ACAAGCUAGCAAUCAACCAAACAAACUCUACUCUAAUUGUAUAAUUUUGUGUGUAUGAAUUGUGUGUGCAACGUGUGUGCGUGUUUUUUAAGUGUGGACAAAACUAUAGUAACCUAGGGAAUACUGUUCCAAAACAUACUGUUCUCGAGUGAAGAAGGAGGCGACCAACCGAGUCCCCGAAAGACGAACGAACUAUGAGUGAGGGCGUGGCCGGUGUGAAGGAGUCUCAGAAUCUCAACAGCGAGCUACCUCCGGCAAUUGUGACCGCGGCAUCGGCAGUAUCCUUAAACGCCGCCACCACCAACACCACCGCAGCCGUUGCAGCGAAUGUAGUGACCAUUCCCGUACCCAUCCUGCAGUCCGAGGGCAAUUUCGCAUACAUUACGGUCAAGGGCUCGCUGCACGAUUACACUUGCACCAUCUUUGGCCUGAACCAGGCGGAAGUUCAAGCCCUGUCCAAGCGCUUCGAGAGCGGAGUUAAGGCCUGCGUCAAUGGUAUUAUGGUGGCAGUGCCGCCCAUGGUAAUGCUAAACACUCUGGCCCAGCUGAGCUACAAGGUUGUCUGCAGUUGCGGCGAGGCCGAGAUUUGCUGGACCAUGCAGCGUGAGGUCUAAUUGGUUACCCAGGAUCACACUGUCAAAUAAGC